AAAAAAAAAAAAAAACAAUGAUGUAAUCAAGUAGAAUUGUAGGAAAUUGUAAGAACAAGAAUAUAUUUAAAAUUAUCACUUCAUUUGUAUCUAAAUGUUAUUUGUUCACAGGAAUCAGUAUUUUCGUUUUCUGAUAAUACAUAUAUAUUUCAAUUCCCAAUGAUGGUUGCAUCAUGUGUGUAUAGAAUUAAACAGAAUAUACGGGAAUAUUUUAAAUUGCUGUAAAAUUCCGAAAUCCAAGGAAUCAGUGUGAAUAAAUUUUUUUGUAUUAUAAGUUGAUUAAAUGGCAUCUGUGGCCAUGUUGUCACCUCCUAUCAAGAAAGAGUCAGAUGUGCUGACAAGAACUUCUCUACUUCCAAAACGAAAGCCAAUUGUAUCAAAUGUUACUACACGAGCACGUUUUGUAAAGCCUCGACCAAAUGUAUCUGUUAACAAGGCUUUGAAAGAAUCUUUACCUGCUCCUUCAGAGAAUACAAAAACUGAUAAUGUACCAUCACAACCAAUUGAGGCAGAAUCUGAGCUAUUACAGAGACCAGUAAUCCCAAAAAAAACAGCAACUAUUCCUGCUCUUUCCAGAGCUCGAUUUCAGAGAGCCAGACCAAACAUUGGUUUAUUGGUGAAUAAACCUGUUAAAGAUAGUCAUCUGCCAGAAGAAAGAUAUACUUCAGAUGAUCUUAAAACCCAACAGAUUUCUGAUUCUAAAGUAGAUGUACCUGAUGAUUCCGUGAUUGAAUCUAUUUCAGACAAGAGAUGUGAUAGUGAUUGCAAGUCACCCAGGGUUUCCAGUUUGUUCAAUACUGAAAAAGCUGUUGACACAGCAUUUUCUAUUCCUGAAUCUCAAGUUAGUCCUCAGCCAAUUGUAGACUUUGAUCCUGUUUGUGGUGACCACCAAGAAUUCUCUAGUGUAAGAACUACUGUUCCACAAGACAAAACAUUAGAAUCUCAUGCUGAAGAAAGUUCCCAUCCAGAUGUGCCAAUACGAGAAACUGAAACUGAAAUAUCAUCUUUUCCUGACACUGAAAGAUCUUUGAUAAGCCCAAGACCACAUUUUGAAAUUGCCCAAGAAAAAGAAAGUCUUACUGCAUCUGCCAUUGUGAAUAAAAAUACUGAAUAUCCCACAUUGAAAAGUAUCUUAAAUUCACCUAGAAAAAGAACAGCAACAAAAAAGGUGCAUGAGAGACGAAAAAGAGUUGCUAAUUUUUCUUCUACUCCAUCACGAAGUGAAAUGACAAUGGUAGAUUUGAUAUAUUGGAAUCCUUCUAGCUCACCAAUGAAGGAAAUUAAACCAACUGCCCCAGCUGUGGAAGAUCUGUUACCAGUAGAUGACCCCCCACCUAAAACAGACGAAGUAGAAAAUUGCAAUAUUGGUCCAAAAGUAAUCAUAAAUGAUGAUGGUGAAAUUAUUUUGGAUGAAUCUUCACUUUUUGUUCGUCGUAAAGAUACUGUUGAUCAUUCAGUAGCUGCCGUUGUUGAGAAUGAUAAUACUACCUAUUCAUCAUUUAGAAAUCGAUCAUUUAAAACAUGGUCCAAAAGAGAAACUGCCAAAUUUUAUAAAGCUCUUAGUUUAGUUGGUACAGAUUUUGCUUUGAUGGAAAAUAUUUUUAAAGAAGAUGGAAAUGUUACUCGUACUAGGCGUGAAUUAAAACUUAAAUUUAAAAGAGAAGAAAAGAGUAAUCCCAAGUUUGUUCAUACUGCUAUGUAUGAACUGCAAACGUAUGAUCUAAAUAUAUUAGAUGAGGAUCAUGAUAUUGAACUUUUGGAUGAAUCAGAACUGAUUGAUGAUGCUCCUAAACAAGCAAAAAAAUUUUCUAUAUCAGGAAUAAAGACUCCAGGUAAAAGAGGAAGAAAAAAGAAAUCGGAAUUAACUGAAGCUAUCGUCAAUGAAAAUACAUCAGAAUCUAUUCUUGAAGUGGAAGAGGAAAGUAGAGAAGCAAUUGAUUCAAUGUCUAAUGGAGAUUUGCAAGUAAAUAAAAAUGAUUCAGAAUCCAACUCAAAACUUAUUGCUUCACGACCUGAAAGAAUAAGAAAAGCCAAGGAUUUAGCAGAUUAUGUUACCGACGUGGAUGAUUUAAGUGAUACAAAUGAUAGUGAGGGAGAAACAUUGCCUAUCAAAAAAAGGAAAACAGCUCAAAUACUCUCUGAAGAGGAUGAUGGUAACAUGGAAACUUCAGAAAAUAAUGGCUUGGUUACUGGUGAUCACAACACUUUUCAGGAAAAAGUAACAAGUAAUGAAGAGAUUUGUCCCUUUAUUACUAAAGAAGUAGAUGGUUCAUUAGAUGAAAGUAAUGAUGGAAAGUACUCUGGAGAAAUACAUAUUAAAAAGAAAAGAACACAUCAAACUUUACCAGAGAAUAAUGAAGAAAGCCUUGAAACUAAUAAUCCUUUUUCAGAUUUAAUGCCUGAAACUUCACGUUCUGGAAGAAAAAUAAAGGCUAAGAAAAUGCUAGAUUUCAUUAUAGAUCCUGAUGCUUUGAGUGACUCAGAUGCUGAAAACCCAGAUUCUUUGGGAGCUGUUAGCCAGUUAUGCGAAUCUACACAAUUAGAAGAAGAGUUUUCUAUUAUUCCUUCUGCUGAAGCUAAUGGUGAAUAUUCUGAAGAACAGAAUAUCAUUUGCACUUUGGAUGUUGAAACUCCUAAUGAAAAUAAUUUGGUCAUUGAGACUCUUCAUGAAAUGGAUCAGAAUGAAUCAAAUAAUCCUGAGAUAAUAAGUGUGGUGGAAACUAUAUCUCCUACAGAAGCUUUAUCACCUGCCAUUUCUUCAGACCAGUCCAAAAUUGAUAAUUUCUUAAAGCCAGAUUCUGAAAAUUGUAAUGAUGUUGAAGCCAACAAUAUCCUUACAGAUCCUGUUGUCACAGAAGUUGUUGUUACGUCGGACCAAGUGCCUCGCAGAACAAGAAGAAAAAUUCUACCAAAUGUUAUCAAAGGUAGUAUGCGACCUCCAAUUCAGAAGAAACCAGUAUUGCCACCUCGUAGAACAUCUUUCACUAGCUUUACACCAGUUGAAGAAGAAAUGCCAAAACUAAAUGUUGUGAUACCUGUAAAAACUUAUUCAAAGCCAACUGACUCAAAACUAAUCAAAUCAGAAGAGCAAGAUGACAUACCAGAAUAUUUAGAAACAGUUCAGAAAUCUCCUGCGAACAUUUUAAGGAAACGUUCAAAAAGUGGACCAUCUAAGUCACCAUGUACUCCAGAGAUAAGCAUUUCUAGAACUAACUCUAUGUGUACACCAACUCGAUCGCCAUUGACAAAUGCACCUUUAAAUGUGUUCAGUUUCAAUUCUGAUAGUAAAUCAAAUAUGCAGCACUCUUCUAUAGAAAUGCCAUUGAAUUCUUCAACAGCUGAUCCAAAAACUAUAAAUAUGAAUCCAGAGAAUGUAUCAGAUUCAGCUCCUGUAGUUUUAUUCACAAGGACUCCUAACAAUUCAAAUAUGCUACAUUUGUUCCUGUAUCAGAAAUCUUAAUUUCUGGCCAAAAAUAGAAAUAGGUAAAAAAAUUUAGCUAAAUUUUUAUAUUUAUGUUAUCAAAAUCUUGGUAUUGUUAUAUGCACUAUUUAUAAUUUAUUGCUUUUAAUCACGUUCUAGUAAGUUUUUUUUUUUUUUUAAUAUAUAGUAUGAAGUUAUCUAUUCAAGGACAUUCUGAUGAACUUAUAUCAUUAAAUUUAGCUGUUUAUCAAAUUCUUAGAAAGAAAAUAUCUAAUUUCAAUUUAAAUUCUAGUGUCAAAGUAAAAUGAUAUUAUCAUUCAAAGUGAAACUUAUGUACAUAUAUGUGGGUCCACUUUUGCUAUUAUUUUAUUAUAAUAUUUCUUUCAUUUUCUUUUUAAUUUUGAUUAUGUAGUUUGUAGCAGUUUUGCUAUCUAAUAUUUAUUUUAAAUCUUUAUUUCAUGAAGGUGAUAUAACAGUUGGCAAAAUCAGAAAAUAGAUUUUGCUCAAAUAAUUUUAUAGAAAGAAUUUAGUACUUUGAAGAAAUUGUCAAGUUUAUUUUUAAUUGAAAUUGUAGAGAGAAAAAAAAGAAGAAAGAAAACUUUGCAAUAAGAUAGAAAAAUCUUCUAAUUCUUCUGUUUGUUUUUUUUAUGUGUAGUUGCUUAUAGGUUGUAGAGGUACAAAAAAAAUUUACGUACAUUAAUUUGCAUAUUAAGUAUAAUUAUAAAUAUAUUGUACACUAUUUUCUUUAUACUUUACCUUGGUUUCUAUAAAACACAUGAUAUGAAAUUGUGAUAAAAAAUUAUCUUUAAUAAAAUAUUAAAUUGUGAGCUUUUUUUUAAUGUGUUGUUCAUAUAAACUUGAUUUCUUCUUGACUCCUGUUUAUGAUACAAAAUCUUUAGUUAUUUCAGAAAAUUUAGAGAUGGAAGGAUAAUUCACUGAAUAAAAUUCUGGCACUGAUGUAUCAUUUUGUAUUGGAAAUAAUUGUAAAGCAUCGUUAAAAUGUGUAAAAAUAUUUCAAGACUAAAAAAUGGAUGAAAUUUCUGAAAUUAAUGAAAAUUUAUUUAAAAUGAAAUUGAAUUCUUUAAAAUGAAUACUAUUUGCCAAUGAAAAGCUCAUUUAUAUUGUUUAAUUAUAAUUGACUAUAAAAAUGGUAUAAGCUUCAUAUUGCCGAGAAUCUGUAUGAGAAUGUUCCUCGUCUCUUAUUCAAAAUCUUAGUCACGCUGUUCCUCAUUCUCAAUUUUUAAAAAUAUUGCUUGAAAAAACAGUAAAUCUUGUAUGCCUAUCCUUUAAGAAUAAAAUGAAAUCUAUUAAAGCUUUAAGCAUGAAGAUCUAGAAAAAUUACUCUAGAUGAUUACAAUGCAGAAUUGAAUCGAAUUCCAUGUUAUUAAUCAUUUCUCAAUUGAAUCAUCUAGAUAUUUAGAUGCUUUAUUCGAGUGUUAAAGCUUUGCUGAACAGUUGUUAACUUCAACAAUAAUAACUGUUUUGAUUGUAUGGAUUUUAUUUCCCUGUGUGUAAAUUUAUGAAUAGUAGUUACUUGAUAAAUACCACAAAUAUUUAGCAUAUGAAUUUUUUCCCCAUGAAUUUAUCUUCUGUUAAAUAACCAAAGCAACCAUAUGACAAUUGGAAACUAUUUAUUAUACUACUCUUGUCCUUUGUUUUUUGUUUAUGAAUAGAAUAAUUGUACAUUUUAUAUAAUGUUAUAUAUUUUAAAUUAUUUGUAAAUACUGUGUAUUAUUUAAUUUU